CCUCCCUCAGUGUGUGUGUGUUUGUGUGUGUGGACUGACACAGAGCAGACAGUCCUGCUGUUAACUGCUUUGACUCAUUUAUCAAGAGCAGCGAAUACGUGCCACUGAGCCAUUCUUCAUCACUUUUCACCAGUUUUGGAUGUGUGUUUUCUAAGAUAAGAGUUGACCGAAGAAGAAAUUUGGCGGAAACCAUGGCUACAGAGGGAGACAGACAAUCUGUUUUGCGCACAACAAAGGUUCGUACUGCACUGAAAGGAGACAGCAGCUGGAUCAGUAGAGGUCAGUCUGGACCAGUAGAGGAAGAGGAGGAUGAAAAGCCGUGGGUUGCAGAGGUGCGUGCAGGUCGACUCAACAGCGACUUCAGUGAGCCUGCAGCUGACAACACACCUCCCAAACGAGACCCUCCAACUUCACCGAGGACAGACGGUUCUAAUUCAGCUGGAUACCUGAUCAGGGGUGUUUUCACAAAGACCGACAACAAGCCAGCUGCAUCGUCCACUAACGGCUACAUUGGAACAUCUGGCUACACCAAAAAGGCCUCUGAUGGAUAUAAGAAAAUAGCUCCUCACACCAUUCGCACGAGCGUGGAGAAAGCAGAUCCACCGGAGCCAUCACUCAGUGCAGAAGAACAGGAGAAGAGGACAGAGGCAGCCAGCAAAAUACUAGACAGCUCAGCAAGAAAACAGAGAUCAUAUGUGCUGUCAGCUGCAAAGAAAUAUGAGUCAAGUCCUGGGAAGGACAGCUCUGACUCGCCAGCCGCAGCUUUUAUUGCUAAAAGGGUAGUUAUUAGUGACGACGAUGACGCUGGCUCCACCCUGGUAUCUUUUCAAAAACAGAGCGUGGAAAUGAGUGUGGAUGAGCCGAUACCACCAGAAUCCUCAGCUGCGAAACCUGAAUUGAAACCAACAGUCAAACCCCAGCCCACACCUAGACAAAGUAACACCCUUAACGCUCUCUCUGACACCCUCCUGUUCACCCCAGAAUCCACCAGCAAGAAGCAAGUCACAUCUCCUGUUCCAGAGACACAAAACGUCUCCAAACCCAAGCCCAGUUCUACAACAAGCGUGAAUGAGAAGAUUACUCAGGCCACUUCAGUUGCUCCAGUUGCUACUUUAAAGAACUCUGAAACAACUAAACCCAAGCCAGAUCCCACUCCUAAACCAAGUAUCCCAACACCAAAGCCAGUGGAGAAGACCGGUGCCAUGAAUGAUAAAGAUCUUCUGGAUCUGGCUGGGAGCACUGCACAGAAUUUGGUGGACCCCGUCCCCACCUCCACUGACCUGCUCUCCGGAGACUCUCUACCCAAAACAAAGAAGACUACAGGAUCUCUGGAUCUGCUUGCGGUUGAUAUCAUCCCCAUUGACACCAACACUGACAAACUAAGCUCUGAUAAAACAACUACCAAAAUUGUGAAUACUCAAACUGUGGUGCAGACCAAAAAGGAUGUAAAGAGCACUCUACAGAAGUCAGUGGAUCCCGUCCCCCCCACCACCACUGACCUACUGACAGGAGGUUCUUUACCCAAAACAAAGAAGACUACCGAAUCUCUGGACCUGCUGGCUUAUGACGUCAUCCCCAUCGACACCAACAAGGACAAACUCAGCACAGACAAAACACAGAGCACAGUGAAGACAGUGACAAGUGUGGUACAGACAAAGACGACGGAGAAGGGCUCUGCUGAUCCAUUCGAUCCGAUUCCGAUAGUGAAAGAGUCCACAAAGAGCUCUGUAGAGCUCUUUGAUCCUCUUCUGUCCGACAGCAAUAAGGACCCAAAACAGACGGUUUCGGUCACAUUCGAGCAGAAGUCCUCUAAAUCUAGCUCGCCAUGGGACAAAUGGUCAGUUCCAACUAUAGACAGCGCAAUAGAGGACAGUUUAGCCAGACCAGAAGAAAGGGAGCUGGACACAGAAGCUAAAAAGAAUUUAGUCUACAUCAAAUCAUAUAUGAACUCUGAUCCCUCCGGGUAUGGCGCUAGCAGAUACGACAGCGACUAUGUGACCUCGAGCACCAGCAGUUAUGCAUACAGCAGCCCCUCCAGCACUGCGAAUAUGACUGCCUGCACGUACUGUGGUAGUCUCGUAGGAAAUGACUCCAAGAUCACCAUUGACCAUCUCAACAUCUCCUGCCACCCCGAAUGCUUCAAGUGUGGUGUGUGCAGCAAGCCGAUGGGUGAUUUCAUCCACAGCAUGUUUUUGCACCGUGGGACGGUCCUGUGUGAGAACUGUUACUCUAACGUGAUUUAAGGCCAGGUUGUAUCGAUGUGCUUUCUGUUUGGUUACUUUGGUGAACAUUAAUAACCACCAUAACUCCUGAGACUGUUUCAUUUCUAAGAUGAUCUCUUUGUCCUUUUUUUUUUUUU